AUGUGUGAGGUCACGAUCGGGCACGUCCGCGAGGUCAUGCUGCGCCGGCCAACCUUGCCAAUAUUUGGCAUCUGUUUGGGCAACCAGAUCUUGGGGCUGGCAUCUGGAGCCCAGACGUACAAGAUGAAGUUCGGCAACCGCGGCAUGAACCAGCCCUGCGUGGACAUGCGCACCACGCGCUGCUACAUCACUCCGCAGAACCACGGCUUUGCCAUCGACAACGCGUCGCUGGCAGACGGCUGGAUGCCGCUGAUGAUCAACGCCAACGACGGCAGCAACGAGGGAAUCAUCCACAGCAGCCGCCCAUGGUUCUCUGUGCAGUUCCACCCCGAGGCGUGCGGCGGCCCCACCGACACGGCGUUCCUCUUCCAUCAGUUCCUCACCAGCAUCUCCAGCCCGACCCAGCUGGUGACCACGAUCCCGUACUCGCCCCCGAAGGUCUAUCGCAAGGUGCUCGUCCUCGGCUCGGGCGGACUCACCAUCGGCCAGGCGGGCGAGUUCGACUACUCCGGCAGCCAGGCCAUCAAGGCCCUUCGCGAGUCCGGCGUGUUCUCCAUCGUGAUCAACCCCAACAUCGCGACCGUGCAGACCUCGUGGGGCUACGCCGACCGGGUGUACUUCCUGCCCGUCACCGUGGAGUUCGUGACGCAGGUGAUCCAGCGCGAGCGCCCCGACGGCAUCCUGUGCUCCUUCGGCGGCCAGACGGCGCUCAACUGCGGCAUCCAGCUCGAGGAGGAGGGCGUGCUGUCCAGGUACGACGUCAAGGUGCUGGGAACACCGAUCAAAGCAGUCAUCACGACCGAAGACCGCGAGCUGUUCGCCAAGGCGGUGGACCACUGCGGAUACAAGGUUGCCGAGAGCGCCUGCUGCACGACCGUGGAGGAAGCUGUGGCCGCCGCGGCAAAGAUCGGCUAUCCAGUGUUGGUCCGUGCUGCCUUCGCCCUCGGCGGCCUCGGCAGCGGCUUUGCGACGGAAGAGGGCGAGCUGAGACGCUUGGUGCAUGUGGCGCUGGUGAACAGCCCGCAGGUCAUCGUCGACAAGAGCCUGAAAGGCUGGAAGGAGCUCGAGUACGAGGUCGUGCGCGACGCGAACGACAAUUGCAUCACGGUGUGUAACAUGGAAAACUUCGAUCCCAUGGGCAUCCACACGGGCGACUCCAUCGUCAUUGCCCCGUCGCAGACGCUCACGAACGCCGAGUACUUCCGACUGCGGGAGUGCGCUCUGAAGGUGGUGCGCCAUUUGGGUGUGGUGGGUGAGUGCAAUAUUCAGUACGCGGUAGACCCGCACAGCCAAGAGUUCCGCAUCAUCGAGGUCAACGCGCGCUUGUCGCGGAGCAGCGCGUUAGCGUCGAAGGCAACCGGGUACCCGCUCGCGUACGUCGCCGCGAAGUUGGCUCUUGGUGGCGACCUAGUGAGCUUGCGCAACAGCGUCACCAAGUGCACUACCGCUUGCUUCGAGCCAAGCCUCGACUACAUCGUCGCGAAGGUUCCUCGCUGGGACCUGCGCAAGUUCUCGACGGUGGACCAGGAGGUUGGCAGCUGCAUGAAGAGCGUAGGAGAGGUGAUGUCCAUCGGGCGCACCUUCGAGGAGACCAUCCAGAAGGCGCUCCGCAUGGUCGACGAGGCCUGCAAGGGCUUCGACUCCGAGCGCUUCGACCUCGAGCUGGCCCACCGCGGCGAGGACGCCACCCCGCACUUCGUCAGGGCAGAGCUGAUGAGGCCUACGCCGACGCGGGUGUGGGCCAUCGCGAAGGCCUUCGAGCUCGGCAUGGACGUGGAGGAGGUCCACAGCCUGACGCGGAUCGACCGCUGGUUCCUGUCGAAGCUCAUGAACGUCCACGCCGUCAAGCACGCGCUGCAGACCCUCGACCUCUCUGGUCUCGCGGCCAGCCCGCAGCUGCUCCGCGAGGCCAAGCGGUGCGGUUUCGCGGACCGCCAGAUUGCGCCCCUGUUGCACUUCCAGGACGGCGUGGGCGCGCACGGCAAGUGGGAGUACCAUGGCGGCCCGGUGCACGACUACCACGUCCGCGCCCUGCGGAAGAGUGCGGGCAUCGUGCCCGUCGUGAAGCAGAUCGACACCCUCGCGGCCGAAUUUCCGGCGCACACCAACUACCUCUACCUCACGUACAGCGGCAUCGAGAACGACGUGGACCUCGCCGGCCUCGGCUCUCACGAGGAGGACACAAGCCAGCCAGAGGCUCCAAUCAUGGUCAUCGGCUGCGGCCCGUACCGCAUCGGCAGCAGCGUCGAGUUCGAUUGGUGCUCCGUGUCCUGCGUUAAGACGCUGCGAGGGCUCGGCAAGCGCGCAAUCAUCAUCAACUGCAACCCAGAGACUGUGUCGACGGACUACGACGAGUCGGACCGUCUUUACUUCGACGAGCUCAGCCACGAGACCGUACUCGACGUCGCCGAGAUGGAGCAGUGCGCCGGCAUGAUCGUGUCUGUCGGUGGGCAGAUACCCAACAAUUUAGCAAUGCGGCUGCAUCAGGCCGGCGUCAAGAUCUUGGGAACAUCGGUUGAUUCGAUCGAUGCUUGCGAGAACAGGUUCAAGUUCAGUCAGCUCUGUGACACUCUCCGCAUAGACCAGCCAGAGUGGUCCGAGUUCACGACCGUGGAGGAGGCCUUCUUCUUCUGCAAUCGCGUCAGCUUUCCCGUGCUGGUGCGUCCUUCUUACGUGCUCAGCGGAGCUGCCAUGCGAGUAGUGAACUCGGCUGGCGAGUUGGAGAGGUUCCUUCGGGCGGCGGCCGUUGUGAGCCGCGAGUAUCCCGUGGUGGUGUCGAAGUACAUCGCGGGGGCCAAGGAGGUCGAGCUCGACGCGGUGGCCCAGAACGGGGUGAUGUUGAACUACGCCAUCGCGGAGCACGUCGAGAACGCUGGCGUGCACAGUGGGGACGCUUCUCUGUUGCUUCCAGCGCAGAAGCUUUUUGUGGAGACACAGCGCCGCGUUAAGCAGAUCGGGCAGAAACUCUGCAGGGAGUUGAAUAUCUCUGGUCCGUUCAACAUCCAGUUCAUCUGCAAAGAGAAUGAUGUUAAGGUGAUCGAGUGCAACCUGCGCGCUUCCCGAUCGAUGCCCUUCAUUUCGAAGACAUACAACAUCAACCUCAUCGAGCUCGCGACUCGGGUGUUCCUUGGCAUGCCUGUGCACCCGAAGCCAGUGCAGCCGAUGGACAUGGAGUACGUUGCGUGCAAGGCGCCCGUGUUCUCGUUCGGGCGGCUGAAGAACUCCGACCCGAGGCUUGGUGUGGAGAUGCAGUCUACUGGCGAGGUGGCGUGCUUCGGAGUUAACAAGUACGAAGCCUUCCUGAAGGCGAUGAUCGCCACUGGCUUCAAGCUUCCAGCCAAAAACAUUUUGGUGUCCAUCGGCCCGAAGUCGCAAAAGCAUGAAUUUUUGGAAGUCGCCGACUUGUUCGUGGCCAUGGGCUUCCAGCUGUAUGCAACAAAGGGCACUCACGAGGUGCUCAAGAACCACGGCAUCGAGUCCUGCAUUUUCACGUUCAAGGCGCGCGUGAAGAGGGAGCCGAAUGUGCUGACCCUGCUGCAGGGCGGCACCCUCGACCUGGUCAUCAACGUGCCCGACGGUAUGGACUCUCAGGCGCUCACGGACGGCUUCGACAUCCGACGGGCGGCUAUCGACAGCGGCACUUCCCUGAUCACCGACAUGAAGACGGCGGUGCUCACCGGUAUGGCGCUGCACCGGAAGUGGGUGCGGGAGACGUCCGGGAGGGCGUUCUGGUCCUACAGCUCCUGGCAGGAGUACACCGAGCCGAGCGACAUGCUGUCGGCGCACGGGGUCACGCCG